UGCUUCCGAUGGGGUGGUGCCAGAGAAGGAAAGGACAGACAGACGGACAGACAGGGGGCUGGACAGAAGGGGUCCGGUUUCUUGAAGCCGCUGGAGGUCCUGGAAGCUGGUUCCCUCAUUGAGAGCCUCUUCCCACAGGCAAUGCGCACCCAGGCUCCGGAGGACAGAGCGGCCCAACGUCUUCAUACCCACCAGUCCAUCUGCUCCUUCUCUGGGCCAUGAGCAUCUAGAAGAAACGAGGCACCCCACCCUCCACAUUCCUCUCCUCCACAUUCCUCCGGGGCCCAGGCAACUCUGUCACCGGAACCUCUUCCUGGAGCAGGACAGAAAGCAGCCAGUCCCUGUGGCUCCCAUCUCUGUGAAGAGACCGGCUUCUAACAACAGACGGCGCUGGGUUGACUGGCCAUCAUGCCAGGCCCGCUCAGUCUCCCAGCGCUCUGCCACUUCCUUCUCCCUUGGGCCUUUGCCACCUUCCACAAAGCCCUCGGGGACCCAGCAACCCACCCCGGCCCCCACUACCUCCUGCCUCCCAUCCACGAGGUCAUUCACUCUCGUCGUGGGGCCACCGCCACGCUGCCCUGCGUCCUGGGCGCCCCGCCUCCCAGCUACAAGGUUCGCUGGAGCAAAGUGGAGCCCGGGGAGCUCCGGGAGACGCUGAUCCUCAUUACCAACGGCCUGCAAGCCCGGGGCUACGGGCCCCUGGGGGGGCGCGCCAGGAUGCGGAGGGGGCAUCGGCUGGAUGCGUCCCUGGUCAUCGAGGGCGUGCGCCUGGAGGACGAGGGCAGGUACCGCUGUGAGCUCAUCAACGGCAUCGAGGACGAGAGCGUGGCGCUGACCCUGCGCCUGGAGGGUGUGGUGUUUCCGUACCAGCCCAGCCGGGGCCGGUACCAGUUCAAUUACUACGAGGCGAAACAAGCGUGCGAGGAGCAGGACGGGCGUCUGGCCACUUACGCCCAGCUGUACCAGGCGUGGACCGAGGGCCUGGACUGGUGCAACGCGGGCUGGCUGCUCGAGGGCUCCGUGCGCUACCCGGUGCUCACGGCGCGCGCCCCGUGCGGCGGCCCGGGGCGGCCGGGGAUCCGCAGCUACGGGCCCCGCGACCGGAAGCGCGACCGCUAUGAUGCCUUCUGCUUCACUUCGAUGACCGCAGGCCACGUGUUCUUCGUGCCCGGGCGGCUGACGCUGUCUGAAGCGCAUGCGGCGUGCCGGCGGCGCGGGGCCACCGUGGCCAAGGUCGGGCACCUCUACGCCGCCUGGAAGUUCUCGGGGCUGGACCAGUGCGACGGCGGCUGGCUGGCGGACGGCAGCGUGCGCUUCCCCAUCACGUCGCCGCGGCCGCGCUGCGGGGGCCUCCCCGACCCGGGCGUGCGCAGCUUCGGCUUCCCGCGAGCCCAGCAGGCGGCCUUCGGGACCUACUGCUACUCGGACCCAGUAACCUGAGGACUUUGGGCGUCGAGGCGUCAGGCGGGGGUGUCUCCGGCCCAGCCGGCCGACCUUGCGCCUAGGGAGACGGUCAGAGGUGGGGCUCCUGCCUUGGGGGGCGAGCCUGCCGGACGGUGGGGAUUGCGGGGAGGGGACCCCACAGGCGGAGGGGAGACUGCAGGCACCGCGGGCGGCCCCGCCCCGGGUGGACGCGGGAGAACGCGGGUGCUAUUGCGCCGGGCUCCACGCGGGGGCGCCACGCACCCACCUGAGACUGCGGUUCCUGUCACCCGGAGCGAGCGCUGGACACCCGCAGGCUUACCCGCGGGGCACGACAGAACCAACAAAGAUGGGCCUAAACACACUUCAGAGUGUGUUUGUAUCCUGCCAGUCUCCUGUCCUGUAUAGGAAACUCAAACCCCUGUUCAGCUGACAGCACACUGGCCCUGCGCAAGGAGGAGGCGGCCAGCCCGGCCACCGAGCCCACCGCGGGGCUGGCACCUGACCUGCGCUCGCCAGCCCCUAGGCGAAAGGGGGACGGGACGGGGCGCAUGAACAUCUGGCUAAAGGAAACAGUCCAGUAACUCAAGAGACAAGCUCAAAUGUCAUUAGUUCGUUUUCCUUUACUAUAUAUAUUAUUUUAACUAAUUAAUUAGUUUGUUCAUUUCACUGUUCAAGCAAUGUAACUGCUUCACAACAAGCCUGGGCUAGUGAAUGAUCACUGGAGCAAAGGGCACGAACUUUCUAGGGGUGCUUGAUACCUGUCGUGACAUUGCUCUCCACGAGGGUUCUUGCGGUAAUUACUAUAGAGAAUUCAUCCGUGGGGUCGUAUGGAAAGGAACCAACAGCAUCUUCAGGAACUCCCACACCACCAAUGGAGUCGUGUGGGAGCUGCUAAGCUCGGCUUUCCUCUCCUUGGCUGUAGGAUGAGAGUAUCUGCCUCCGGAGUUUGCCCGGAGGGGUAACGGAGACGAGUGUGCGGGGUGCCACUGCCCGGCGCACGAUAGAGGCGCUGGGUGAAUGGUACCUGUAAUAACGGAUGAUUAUUAUGAUAACACUAAUGGAAACAGAACGUCGACAAUAAUGAUUAUCCGAAUUCUUCCCAGGUAGCCCUGUGGGAUUGGUUGCCGUGCGGCGCUGUGUACAUCAGGAUACGCUCAGCCGUGCUGGGGUGACGGACAGCCUCCAAACAGCAGUGGCUUAAAACAAGAUUAUUUCUGCCUUACGCUACCU